AUGGGGAGUACUGGAGAGCCCAUUAAUAAGGGCAUUGAUGCGUCGGUGGGUGGGUUGGUUUGGGUCCGGAGGCGAAACGGGUCCUGGUGGCCGGGCCGGAUUCUCAGCCCCGAUGAGUUACCGGAGAGCUCCCUGCUUUCGCCGAGAUCAGGGACCCCUGUAAAACUCCUUGGAAGAGAAGAUGCAAGUGUGGACUGGUAUAAUCUUGAGAAAUCAAAACGAGUGAAAGCUUUUCGAUGUGGUGAGUAUGAUGAAUGCAUUGAAAAAGCUAAAGCUACAGCAUCUAACUCCUCCAAGAAGGCAGUGAAAUAUGCUAGGAGAGAAGAUGCUAUUCUUCAUGCGCUUGAGCUUGAAAGAAAAGACCACCUGGACUUCAUGUCUGGAAGGGAUAAGCAAGGUGAGGAGGAUCGUGUUGUUGAUCAAUCACCUACUUCAUUUAAUCCUAGCAAAGAAACGGAAGGUAUUGAUGAAGAUUUAAGUUGUUCUGAAGAUGAUUCAGAUUCAGCACCGGAAUUAUCACAGUCUGGGGUAUCGUUUGAGAAUCUGAGCCAUUUAGAUCCAGCUAAGGAUCAAUCUAGGCGACGAAGAACGCCAAAUGAUUCGGAGGAUGAUGGAACUGAAGGAAUAAAACGAAUGAGAGGACUUGAGGAUUUGGGAAUGGGGGUCGUGUCAUCAUUGAAGCGGAAGCGAUCGCAGACGGCACAUGUUCAUGAGUUCUUGAAAAGGAAAAAUCGUCGCCGUACUUUGUCAAAGGUUUUGGAGAAUACGACAAUGGUGUCUGUUCCUAUUGUGUCUGAACAACUUGUUAGUCCAUCCGGAUCGUCUCUCCCAGGAGCAUCAGACAGUAAGGUUUCUGAAUUAGAAUCAAAUGAAUCAAAGAAAAACAAUUCAAUGGCAAUUAAUAAUAACUCAGAUACAACUGGAGUUUCUUGUGAGAAUGAGUCAACUAAUCCAUCCAGGCAUGCUAGCGAUAGUUCCAUGGUUAAAUCAAAGCAGGAGAAUGAAAUUUCCAGUGAGCUGGGGUUGCCUGAUGGUGAUUUAUUUGAAACACUGUUUGAUGUGCCCCUUGUUGUGGAAGAAAAGCACUCUGCAGUUUUAUCCUCGAGCAUUUCCUGUGCAUCUCAAAAGGCACAUAUUGGUGCUGUAGCACAAUCUAGCCAAAGCAGUCUCGUUGAAACUCUCUCUCUUGGGAAUGAAGAGCUUAACGAGUCUGCCUCUACCUCUUCAGGUACUGCUGAUAUUCAUAAUAUGGGCCAGAGGAUAGAUCAAGGUACUUCAGAGUGGCAGUUGAAAGGGAAGAGGAAUGCUAGGUCAAGAAAAGUGGACGUGAAUGAUGGAUCUGCGACAUGUGUAGUUGGUCGGAAUGUUGAUUUUAACUGUGUUGGGGGAUCCCUCCCAUCUGACGUCUGUGGUUAUAGUUUAAAGUCGAGACCAAUUGCGGAAAUUAAGGUUGAUGAGUUCCCCGGUUGGAGCAGGAAUGUUCCUCACACAGCAUCUGAACUGCAGGUACCUCAGAGGGUACUACCAUAUCGACACUCUCGUUUUACAGUUAACCCGAAAUACGAUUCAUCAGAUUUUUCUCUUAGACACCAUAAUGUGGGUUCUGUCUUGUAUGAUGUUACGUUGGAAGUGAACGCUAGCUAUCGUCCUCAGCACGUCCCAUAUAUCUCUCUCAUGAGCAAGUUAAAUGGUCGACCCAUCAUCGGUCAUCCACUUACAACUGAGGUUUUAGAAGAUGGCUUUUUUGAUCAUCUGAUUAGUGGAUCUGAGUGCUAUAGCAGCAGUUCAGAGUUAGACUGUGAUCAGGGUGCAAAUAGAUCAAGUUCAGGUGGGAGGAUUUCGUCCAAGCAUUCGCGCAAUUCACCCAAAAUGCAAAAAUCUAGGAGGAAUGGACUCUUGUCGAAAAAGAUCAGGAUGUUGUCUUCGCUAACUGGUUCCCAAAAACGAAGUGAAGUAGAGAAGAAACUGGUGGUCGAAAAACUCCGUGGCCCGGCUGUAGCUUGUGUUCCCUUAAACGUAGUGUUCAGUAGGAUCAAUGCCGCCUUGGGACCAGCACCCCGUCUUACUUCAACGAGCAACAUAUGA